UGGUGCUACACAUGUCCUGAAACACAAACUAAACAGCUGUUUUGUCCGCCCAUUAAUCUAUUAAAAUUCCCAAACUUUUUUUUGUUCCUUGUAAGUUUCCUAAAUCCGAUCUAAACAACUGGUGGGUAGUUUCUAGUUUUCCAAGAAUGGCGCAAGAUCACGACGACGAGACGGAGAACAAAACCUACGCCGGCGUUGUCGGUGGCGAUGAUGUCGGUGAAAUCGUCAACGGAGGAACGAAGAAUGGUUAUCAUCGUAAACCGGACUUUGUGGAGAAGGAAAAAGACGAUGAGGAUUUGAAGAGUCUCUACUCAUUGGUUUGUCUUACGAUCGGUUCGAUUCUGUUUCCGGAUUCGAAAACCGGCGGUGGUGAUGCGUCGUCGUCUUCGUUUCUUGAACGUUUAAAGAACUCCGUCGCUGAAAAUGGUCCGAAGCUUCGUGAAGCUUCUGCAAGAACAGGACGCGAGAUCCUUCUCUGGACUCGUAAAGGCAGCUCGCUUCGUGCUCUGCUUGUCAUCACUGUGGGAACUAUAGUUCUUCUUACAACAAUGGCUUUGGUUGUGUUCACGCUCUUCUUUGUAGCUGCAACAGCCAAUGCUAUCAUCAUUUCUCUUCUGAUAUCACUUGCUGUUGCUGGUGGCUUCUUGGCACUCUUCUUUCUCUGCUUGACUGGUGUUUACAUCGGAGCUUUAUCCAUUGCUGCGUUUGUCAUCUCUACCGCUACAGUUUCUGCUGUUGUUUCCGUCUUGAUAGCUUCAGGUUGGAUUGGGUUUUUCUAUACUGUGUGGUUGGGAACACGAGGAAGCUUACGCUUGGCGAAGCAAUCGGUUUCGGUGGUGGGAUCAGCUAUUUCUGGUAACAGUGCCAGUCGUCAUCAGCACCAAGACCGGGAGGUAAACAUUGAAUCAUCCAACUGAGAGUCCGUCUCUACCAGUGUUUGUAAAUAAACCACGAGUUUUGGUCUGAGUUUGUUGUUAAUGGAAGCUUGAUAUAAAACCUUAUCUACUGAGUUUAUUGUGAAGAAAACAGAGAACCAGACGAAUCUUUCAAAAUUUGUGAUCAAUGUCUUCGGAUUUUGGAUAGUGUGUACUCAAUACAUUUUUUGUGUUUAUGUACUUAAGAAUGAUAUAUGUCAGUAUA